UCGAGCUCUGCACGAGAAGCACUUCAGUCGGUGUCUUGGUGACGAGCAAUGUCAGAUGAGUUUGAGGUACUUCAACGCAAUAAUACCUGGAGCUUAGUUCCCUAUGAUGGAUCUCAGAAGGUUGUAGAUUGUCGGUGGGUGUUCAAGACUAAGUUUAAUGAUGAUGGGUCCUUACAGUGUCAGAAAGCACAUCUUGUAGCUAAAAGUUUUCAAUAAGCACCAAGAAUAAAUUAUAACGAAACAUUCAGUCCAGUGGUUAAGGCAACUACAAUUAGACUUGUGCUUACAAUUGCUGUUAUGUUCAAUUAGGAGAUUCGACAGCUGGAUGUUAACAACGCAUUCCUAAAUGGUUUUCUUCAAGAAGAUGUUUAUAUGCGACAGCCGGAAGGAAUUGUAGAUCCUAAAUGCCCAACUCAUGUCUGUGGAUCAGGUGGAAAUUCCCAUGGAAGCUAAUAAUUCAAACUGGAAGGGACCAUGCUACAGAAGAUUGCAGGAACUGUUGAAGAAACGGUUCAUUUCAUCAGUCAAUCAUGUUCCAAUUGGCGUUAUUGAUGACACCAUGAGUUAUCAACUAUACAACGCUGUUCAUGAUGAGAAUGAAGAUGUAAGUAAAUUUCUAGACGUCUUGGAGAGAGUAUGUACAGGAAAACGACUUGAUUGUUCCACCGUCUUACAUCAAGCCACUCACACGGGUGAUUCGUUGCUCCAUGUUGCAGCUGAACACGGGAGAACAAGGAUUGCAGAGCUGCUUAUUGAUAAUAAUUUUUUGCUGAUUGUGACAAACGCAAGAAAAGACACAGCGCUUCAUGUUGCUGCAAGAGCCAAGAAUAUUGAAGUGAUGAGAGUCAUCUUAUCCAAAUUUGACGAUGCAAGCAGUAAGGAUAACUUUAUUUUGUUACCCAAUAAGUCUGGGAAUAGAGCUCUGCACGAAGCUAUUCUGAGCAAACAUCAUGAGGGGUUUGAGUUCCUUCUAAGUGAGCAAAGUGAAAGUACUUGGCCACUCUAUUGGGAUACCCAUCCAGUAGACUCACCAACAUAUGUGGCAGUCCAAACUGGGGAUGUUGAAAUUCUUCGUUGUCUCUUGCAGAUUCCGUUUCCUUCAGACCGGGACAUUUACAAGAGUCAGGGAAAUUCUCCACUUUUUGCCGCCAUAAUAGAACGCAAUAUUGGUAUGUAUAUGUGUAAGAUGCCAAAUUAAUUGAUCAAUGUGUUGUUUUUUCUGGUUGUCAUGAAAUUUUUUUUUUAUAUUAAGUAUGUUUGAAGAUUUUC